CACUAACUCGACCGGGUCCGGAUCAACCGCGGAUUGAUAAAAUCUCAUGACACUAUCUAGUGUCAAUCUAGAUUCUAGUGUGUCCUCCAAGCAACAGCCACCAUCCUCAAAAUUGGCUGUUUUUUUUAUUUAUUUAUAGAGGCUGUUUUGAUUUUUUGCUGUCGUACUGGAAAAACCGCGCUCCAAAUUCGUGAACCCUCGACGAAUUUUGGGAAAUCCGGGCUCUGGAGCGGGAACGAAUUGGGUGACCACCUAAAGCCGAUCCAGUACAAUACCAGCGAGCUCCUGAAGUGGAGGAAUGAGAAUAGUAGGAUUGACCGGAGGAAUCUCGGCCGGGAAGAGCACCGUCUCCAAUCUUUUCAAGUUCCAUGGUGUUCCGGUCGUCGACGCCGACGUCGUUGCUCGGGAUGUUCUGAAGAAGGGCACCGGAGGCCAGAAAAGAGUUGUUCAUGCAUUUGGAGAAGAUAUUUUGCUACCCAAUGGAGAAGUUGAUAGGGCUAAGCUUGGCCACAUUGUUUUCUCGGAUCCUGGAAAGUGCCAGCUUCUUAACAGGUUAUUGGCUCCCUACAUAUCCUCUGGGAUCUUUUAUGAAGUUCUCAAGCUAUGGCUAAAAGGUAACAAGGUUAUUGUUCUUGAUGUUCCUCUGUUGUUUGAGGCGAAGAUGGAUAGGUGGACAGAGCCCACUGUUGUCGUAUGGGUGGAUCCGGAGACGCAGUUACAACGGCUUAUGGCAAGAGAUAGCAGUAAUGAGGAGGAUGCUCGAAAUAGGAUAAAUGCUCAAAUGUCCUUGGAUCAGAAACGGUCGAGGGCGGACAUUGUGAUUGACAACACUGGUUCAUUAGAGGAUCUAGAAGAAAAUCUUAGGAUGGUUCUAGUUCAAGUCACGAGGCCAUUGACGUGGACCGAGUUCUGGCUCUCAAGACAAGGAGCUCUCAUAUCUCUGUUUGCCAUUGUCAUUGGAGUAGUUGUUGGCAAAAAGAUUUCUAAGGCAUCAUUAGAAAGAAACCUCAUAUGACCAGGUUGAUUUGCACUUUAAACCGGCCUUGCCAGAGAUAGUAAAAGCUAGUGACCUAGUGUUGCACGAACCAGCUCGUGUAGCUGACCCAAGGGAAAUCAGUUCGGAAAGGAUACAGAAGAUCAUUGAUGACAUGGUUAAGGUUAUGAGGUUAGCUCCAGGAGUUGAGCUGGUUGCUCCCCAGAUUGGAAUCCCGCUGAGGGUCAGGUUUCUUCGUUUGUGCUUUAUCCAUCCAUGAUUUUGAGUUCUUGGGGGAACUGCUAAUUUAUUGCAAUUUUAGUAAAGCCCCUAGUUGUAGAUAUUCCUAGGUUUAGCUGCAUUUCACUUGUUGCUGUGAUUAUCAAGAAGAGAAUUCAGCUGAUUAGCUCUUUUACUUUCAUCUGCUUAUUAGUUCUUGUAUGUUGAUUUUUUUAGCUAUGGCCACAACGUAGGGAAUUUGUAUUUUUCCUUGAGGGUUGAAUCCAAUGGGAGUAUUUGACAGAUCGUAAUGGCUCCUACAUUUAUCCGUUUCCUGGAUUUCGCACUUCUAUUUGACUGAAUUGAGCUGGAAGUCCAGUAAACCUUGGCAGCAUCAUUGUUCCUUCGUUGUAGUUUUCCGACCUCCUCAGUAGCACUUGGAUAGGAAGGGAAGAUCCCUUCUUAAGCCUUUGGUUUCCUUUAUCUGGGUUACUACUGAAGUUUGACAAAGAUGGUGCUUCCAAUGCCGUGGCGAGAUUUUCCUGUGUUUUGAUUGCUCGAGUUAUAUGAAAGAUAUUUGACUCAUUUUUCUGUAACAUGGCUGAGUUCAUUCAAUCUCCCUCUUUGAUUUGCCCUUCUGGUUUGUGUUUAUUUGACAUGAUAGUUCGGGAUAACUAGAAUAAGCUACUUAAAGCCAGAAUCUGCUGUUCUUAUUCUGAAGCUAUCAUUUUCUUCGUGGAUGUUCUCCCCUCGAUGUUUCUAUUACCGUUGAUUGUGAUAGAUGCAAUUUCUUGGAAGAAAAAAAAGCCUUCACUUCGCUGCAGAUAAUGCUAUUGGAAGAUAUGCACCAGAAGAAGAGACUAAAGCACAGGAUAGGCGGCCAUUUGACCUUCUGGCAUGUGGGCAGGGAACAAAAAGGUUCUAUGGAAUGUGUUAUUCUAUUGUAUUCAUGUCCUGUAAUUUGUCCUGCAGUUCACAAUGGCUUAGUUGUUUUAUGGGUUUCCCUGUCGCAGUGUUUGAUGGAUUCAGGGCUUUGGUGGAGCGUAGUCUGGAAGUCGAGGUUACAGGGUUGAGCCGUGAUCAAGGUUGAAGCCUCCGGGUGGCAGGCUGGUAUCUUACAGAACAGCACGAAUGUGAUCAUCUGGAUGGAACGCUUUAUGUGGACAAGAUGGCUGAAAGCGAGCGAAAGGCGUUGGCCAGUAGGUCCAAUCCCAUCAACAUUCACCUGAAAGCGAGCGAAAUGCUUUCGAAACGCUGUUGAGAGGAACAAAGUAUCCGACUCCUGGUUCAUGUGCUGGUCCAUAUUAUUCUUGCUUUCAAUGAUUCCAUAUUUUCCUUUACAACUAAUACACUUUAUACACAAGCUGUAAACAAAAUCGAAUGCUUUGAUAAGUUGGUUCCGAUUUCAUCUUCUGAACGGAGAUCGGGAUCUUUUGUUGGGCAUAAUGCCGCCACCGCCGCCUUUAUUCCUGCCAUCCCAAGCUGAGUACCAGAAGAAGAGAGACAUCCAGCAACCAGCAAAAUUGACUUGAUAUACACUCUCCAACGGAGCACAGGUGUGUUAGAGUCGAGUCCAUUAUGGGUAGCAAUUGACCGUAGAAUCAAAAGAACCCACCCACCAAGUGUUUGAUAAAAGGCGCCGGGAAGGAAAUGAAAUUCUCACUGAUCUAUAAACCCCCCAACAGACAAGUGCUAGAGUGGAAGCAGGAAUAUGCAAAAGCGUGGAGGGAUUGAUUCGAAUCACCUCCGAGUGUCAGCGGGGUCGGAUUGCGGCGGCAGCUGAGCGAACAGCCGGUGAAGGUGUGGGUAUGGGUAUGGGAUGGGGUUUCUGCAGCCUCCAGUGAAACGAGAAGAAGAAUCACUCGUUAAAAUAGGAAGAUGAUGAUAAGAAGAAGAGGACGGAUAUCGAGUUUGGGUAUGAAACUCCGGAAUCGCUGGCGAACGGCAGCAUUGGCUUGCGUUGUUGCCGGAACAGCUGCCGCUGGUCCAGAAGCAGCGAGCAGCCAUCUCUUUCUUUGGUGGGAAUGGGAACAAGCUCUUUAGCUUACGUAACACAAGUCCACGAGACCACAACAGCAUACUACCAUUUUUCCUUUCUCUUUUUUGUUUUAAUUUUUGGAAUUUUAUCAAAAUGCCACUCUAAAACUAAAUAAUUCAAAAAAUACCACUCUUAUAGAAAAAAUUUCACUCUUACCACUCUUUCACAUAGAUCGCCACCUACCCCAGCGGUUUAUACAAGGACCGCAUGGGGUGGCGGCGGUUCUAAUUUUUCCUACAAACCGCAUGUCUCACAAGCAGUUUCUUGGCUGACCUAGAACAAAUCGAUGGAAGCCCUGGCGGUUUUAUGUCGGCAAGAAGAACCGCCACAGGCCCCAACGAUUCUAGUUGCCGACACAUAAAACACAGGAGCCAGU